UAAAAUCUUCUUUUCAUUGAAUACAUGAUUCUUCCUUUUCUGUCCUUUGCUUAUGCACAGAGGAAGGGGUUGUGAAGUAGGAUACGUGCUCUUCAACAUAUAUCUACCCUGGGCUAAAUGUAGAAAUGCUAAACUUUUGGUGCUAGCUUCCUCACCUGCAGAAACAAUCUCAAGACUGUGUCCUUGAGUCCAGGCUUUAAAAUCCAAGGCAAAAGGCAUGGUUUUCUUCUUCCAUGUUGCAGUGGCAAGCAUUCAUUAAGCUGUUACUAUGUCAGACACAGUGUUGGCUGCUUUACAUAUUACUUAAUUGUAACUAAAUAUAUCACGCUUCAUUUUACAGAGCAAAACACUGAUGCUUAGAGAUACCAAAUGAUCGAAAAUUUAGUGGCAAUAAUAGAGUUUGGAUAUAAGGCUGAUUCUAAAGCCUGUGCUUUCCUACUAUAUUGUGCAUGUUUAGUGCCUUUUAGGGCAGGAGGGACUCUCACUGGGGAAUACUGGGGAGUGCCUUAACUGUCACAGCCCUAGGGAAGGGCAAAAUGAUACAGUGUUCCAGCAUAUCUAGGGAGCCUCCCCAGCACUCCCCCCCCAUCACUCCAGACUUAGUUAUUAGAUUCAAUUUACUCUGACAAUUUUCCUUUCAGUGUACACUAACUUGGACCAUUUUAUUACUUAUGUAUUGGUAGGCAGGAAGGGAACUGAGAAGUUUUUAACUUUGUGAAGUCUGAGGGUAAAAACAAAUCAAUACAAUAAAAAUACAUAUAAUUUUAUAGAUUCUACUCUGUAAAAAUUUGUUGCAAAAACUGGAAACUCACAAAAUUGUUUAUUUAUAGUAUUAUGGCUGUGCUAACAUGUGGGUUUCAAGUCAGCUGUUUACGUAAAGAACAGUCAAUAGAAGGAAAUUCCAGUGUGACAAGCAUUUUGAUAAUUCCUGCGUUAUCUCUACAGGAUCUAGCUACACCGUGCUCUUCCGGAUGUGCUGUGCGUGCUGGUUUCAUCCCGCAGCUGUUCCCUUGAGCCUCAAUACUCAUAGAGCAAGCAGGCCCCUUAUGAAAGUUUUUUUUUUCCUUCCCCAUUUUCUUAUCCUUAAGAGUUUAUAUAUUGUGUUCUUUAGUAAUUUUAACAGUCCAGAGAUUGCUAUGCAGAUUUAAUUGGUAUUUUACAUUUAGUCGGACAGAAGUGUAUUAGUAUCCACCAUCACCUGACCUAACUACAUAAAUAUAAUUAAAGAUAAUUGGUGGUUUAGGAGUUAUUAAUUUACAUCCUUGUAUCAUGUUACUAUUAGGUUGUUUGAAAUGUUUACAUAAGCUAAUUUAUUUUUAAUAAUACUAUUUUAGUGAGGGCCUGGGGUACAGUUUUCAGUGGCACUGAGUCAGUCUUGGUGAUGUAAAAAAGAUUACUUGUAUGUGGAAUCUAAUUUUAGCCUCUGCUGUUUUUCACGUUGAAGUCAUUUCACCUGUUCCUUCAUUUAUGGGAUAGGAAUAAGAAUUCCCACUCGAGUAUUCUUGAGAACACAGCAAUUACAGGAACUGUUCUCUAUGUGCUGCAGAAGAGAACACUAUAGGAACUGUUCUACAAAGCGUAUCUAAGCAAGAGAGACAAACAAGAAGUGGAGGGGCUUUUAAACAUUAUUAUUAAUCACAGGCCUAAGAAUUAGGUAUGGUAGGUCUUAAACACCCUUUCUCCAAAAACCCAGCUACUUCCCCGCUAAACCCACUCUUCCAAGUGGGAGAGAAAGCAAUCCUAGAGCACAGUCUGUGGUUCUGCGCUUGCCUCAAUUCCCUCAUGAUUUUAAACUUGAGAGAAGCCCUUUCUUCAUUCAUCUUCAUACCCUUCACCGACCGCUACUGGCUUAAUGGCUUGAUACUAAACCAGGUCCCUAUACCAAGUGGACAUCAAGUUAGGUUAGAACCACCUUUAAAGUUCUUUCUCCUCUCAAAUGCCAAAAGCUAGUGUUCUUUUUCCUACAAGAAUGUUAAAAGAGAAUUGGGUCGCUGGUAUUCUUCCUAAAAAUCGAAAGGAAACUGAUGCAUUGUUGGGGAAAGAGGAACGACAAUCAAUUUUGGCGGCGCUUGGCCUGAGACCAGGCUGGACCAACGGGCAGACAGUGGUCUCCGGUCCCAAGCCGCCGCGGUAGGGCUUCCGCUCCUAAGAUGCAAAUGAAGUGGUGUGAAGGGUUGGGCUUUUUUUUUGUUCCUAAAAACGCAACGAACAAAAAAAAAAGUACAACAAUUCAAACCCAGCUAUCUCAUUGCUCGUCUGCUUAUCGAAGAGACUUCCUUUUCGUGGCCCCACCGAGGUACCGCGCGGGCUCAAAGCCUCCUGCAAAGGGAGAAAGGUGAACGCCAGGCCCCGCCCCUUACAGGCGGCCGACCCGGAAGAACUCCGCCUUCGCCCCGCCCCUCGAAGCGAAGGCGGGGCUCGGAAGUCGGCCUCGAUCCCUUGGGCGGGACCGCAGGGACUGGUGGGAGCAGGCGGGGCCGCCCAGCACGGUGAGUCCACUUUGCGGUGUUGCCGAGCGGUCGCCGGGUACCUUGCAGCUGGAGGCUGCGGCGCAGCGGCUUCAGGCGCGGGCCUCCCUGCGUGGCCAGAGCAGCCACAAGUUUAUCAUUACGUGAAAAAUAACCUGAUUGCUUUGUCCUGGGAAAUAGCAACCCUGCCAAAUACACCUCCUUGCCGGUGAAAGAGCAGGGUUUUGGGUGAGGCUGAAUGGAUUUACUGAAGACAGAAUCCCACCCUGGGUGUGGAUGGCACCACUUGAAAGGAUGUGAUGGAGCUGCUUGAAGAAGACCUCACGUGUCCAAUUUGCUGUAGUCUGUUUGAUGAUCCUCGAGUUUUGCCUUGCUCACACAACUUCUGCAAAAAAUGUUUAGAAGGUCUCCUAGAAGGGAAUGUGCGGAAUUCUUUGUGGAGACCAUCUCCUUUCAAGUGCCCUACAUGCCGUAAAGAAACUUCAGCUACUGGAGUUAAUAGCCUGCAGGUUAAUUACUCCCUGAAGGGUAUUGUGGAGAAGUACAACAAAAUCAAGAUCUCUCCCAAAAUGCCAGUGUGCAAAGUACACUUGGGGCAGCCUCUCAACAUUUUCUGCCUAACAGACAUGCAGCUGAUCUGUGGGAUCUGUGCUACUCGUGGUGACCACACCAAGCAUGUCUUCUGUUCUAUUGAAGAUGCCUACGUUCAGGAAAGGGAUGCCUUUGAGUCCCUCUUCCAGAGUUUUGAGACCUGGCGUCGAGGAGAUGCUCUUUCUCGCUUGGAUACCUUGGAAACUAGCAAGAGGAAAUCCCUACAGCUAUUGACUAAAGAUUCUGAUAAAGUGAAGGAGUUUUUUGAGAAAUUACAACACACAUUAGAUCAAAAGAAAAAUGAAAUUCUGUCUGACUUUGAGACCAUGAAACUUGCAGUUAUGCAAGCCUAUGAUCCAGAGAUCAAUAAACUCAACACAAUCUUGCAAGAACAACGAAUGGCCUUUAACAUUGCUGAGGCUUUCAAAGAUGUGUCAGAACCCAUCAUAUUUCUACAACAGAUGCAGGAGUUCAGGGAGAAAAUCAAAGUAAUCAAAGAAACUCCUUUACCUCCCUCUAAUUUGCCCACAAGCCCUUUUAUGAAGAACUUUGAUACUAGUCAGUGGGAGGAUAUAAAAUUAGUAGAUGUGGACAAACUUUCUUUGCCUCAGGACACUGGCACAUUGAUUAGCAAGAUUCCUUGGAGUGUCUAUCUGUUACUUGUGGUAGUCUUUCUGCUUGGCCUCCUCAUUUUCUUUGGUCCUGCCAUAUUUCUAGAAUGGUCUCUAUUUGAUGAACUGACAACUUGGAAAGACCAUCUUUCAAACUUAAGUUCUUACCUGACUAAAGCAGCUGACUUUGUAGAACAGUCAGUUUUUUACUGGGAACAAAUGAUAGAUGGGUUUUUCAUUUUCAGUGAAAGAGUCAAGAAUUUUACUUUGGUGGUGCUGAACAAUGUGGCAGAAUUUGUGUGCAAAUAUAAACUAUUAUAAAAUCUCAACCAUGUAGUUCUCUGCUUUUUGAUAGAAAUUGUUGGAGACAAGAGUAGAGUCAGAAUUUGGGCAAGAUUCCAGAUAGGUAUUUUUCUCCAAAAGUAUUUCCUUCAAAAAUAAUGUUGUAUAUACACUGUUCAAAUAAG